AUGGAGGAGCUGGAGAGACAGCGACAAAUUGCACAGCAACUCGAAGAGAUGGAAAAGAAUGAGAGGAAAGAGAGAGAACGGCAAAAAGAAUUAGCACGAAUCAUUGAAGAGGACCGAAAGAAAGAAAUGGAGAGAAGAAGGCAACAGGAAAUGGCUCGACAGAUAGAAGAAAAACAAAAGAAGGAAAGAGAAGAAUUGGAGAGGCAGCAGCGAAUCGCCUGGGAAAUCGAGGAAAAGCAAAAGAAGGAAAGAGAAGAGCUAGAGCGGCAGCAGCAAUUUGCGCGUGAAAUCGAGGAGAGACAAAAGAAGGAAAGAGCAGAACAGGAGAGACAGCAGAAGGAGAGGAACCUCACGCUGGUAUUGCUGAUUACGGUAGGAAUAUCGAGUAUCCGAAUGCUCAACAUGCCAGAAAGGAUGAACUCGCAUAAUGGAGUGGAGUCAGCCAUUGAAUCGAACAACAUCGUCUACUUCACCAAGACGCCUUCCACGACUCCAUCAGCGUUUGUUGAAUGGACGACCGAAUCGCCGUCGAGAGUAAUCGCCGGGUGUGCGCUGAGCGAGGACUGCCCUUUCAACUAUGAGCAGGAUCUUCUUUGUGCUCAUCCGCUAAACGAUCCUUCGCGAUACCUCCAGUGCACGCCGAUGAUCGGAAGACGUGGUCGUUGGAUGGAAAGAAACUGCCCACCAUCGCUGAUUUUAUUCAGUCGCUAUCGACACUGGGAAGCGGAUAUGUUGAGCUGCCAUCGUCAGCUGUCGAACCCUGAGCCUCCAUCAGUCUUUAUGACACCACCACCGAAUACUAUUUAUCAAACGAUCGAGUCAUUCCCCCAGGAUCUUAAUCCAUUCAAUCGGAACACCAUUCAUCCUGCACAUUAUGGAACUGAGGAUGUCGAAAUCGCUCCAUCAGUGAUUGAUCCACCUUUCCCUCGUGUUGAGCCGUAUUUUAGUUCACCAUUUGGCAAACAGAGAGAUGAUUCCGUUGAAGGUGACUUCAUCGGUGGCUUCAUCAAACCAGUGAUCAAGAAGAUUGCAAUGGAUCAAGCCGAAACGUUUCUGGAUCAGAUUCUCUCCGAUGAAGCGAUCAAGGAAGACAAUGCCAACACUCAGAGGCACCCAUCAACCUUGUCCGAAGACAGUUGGAGGGUAAAAAGCGGUUAG